CGCCGGUGCCCCCCUAGAGCCGGCGGACCGGGCGACCGCGAGGCUGGGGACGGGCGUGCGCGCGGCGGCGGACCCCGGGUGCCCUGCGGGGGGCGCGAUUUAAGGGCGAGCCGCGCGCGGUUGCCCUGGUCAGCGGGGUGGCCGCACCGAGCUGCUGACUCAUCAGGUGUCCGUCGGCUUCCGCGCGGGCGGGUUCGCGCGCGGGCCCACAGGGGAGGCGGCGGGGAGACCCUGCUGCGCGGUUUGGGCUCGCCACGCGCGUGCGAGCCCAGCGGAGACGUGCUGAGUCAUCAGCAUGAGGUCACUCGGUGCUCCUGCUGACGCUGGGCCAGGGCGGGGGGCCCGGGCCCGCUAUCGGCCGAUCUAGUCGGGAGGCAGGGCUCGAUCCGGGCGGUGAAGGUCGGGCCAGGAUCCGGGGUCGUGUUUAAGUUUGACGGACCUGUGAGUUGGAGGCAAAGGCUCUGAAGGAGGCAUUGCAGGGGCGCGCCGCAGGUUUCUCUCGGGGUGGAAGGUAAAGCCCCAGGCGUGCGCAUCCUUCCCAGGCUCUUGGGCUCCUGGCCCGGGUCCCACAACUGGGGCAGUUCCCCAAACCGGGAGACCGAUCGGUGUACGCCGAGGGGAGGAGCUUAGGUGGGCCGAGCCAGCUCGUCUGGGAAGCAAGCUUUCCUUCUGAGUGACCCUGAAUGGCCAGGCUGCGUCGGUCCUGGAUGGAGAAGACCUGGAGGCAGGGGAGAAGGUUCUGUGGCUUGAAAGAAGCUGGGGCAGCUCUAACCAGCUAAGGCGAGAAAAGGGUGGAUCUAGGCAGCUGGUGAGAGUUUUUGAGGUGCAACCAUGGAGCAGAAGAUGUAGUUCUAUUUAUCCCAAUUUUAUUCCUUUCAGAAGAGUUUGGGGUCCCACUGUUGCCUGGAGUUAACAAAAAGUGUGUGCCCUGUUGGGUGUCUGGAGACUCUUGGGAGGUGACAGCUUGUGGGGUGUGGCUGAAUGGCUGUUUACUGACUUAUCUGUUGUGAAGGCUCUUGAACUCUAUUCUGCUGCUUUCCCUGCCCAGGGAUUUGUGUCUAGACUGCUUACCUUGUGGUUUGUGCUAAGGGAUGUCCCCUUAACACUGAGCCCUGAGGCUGCUCAUAGGUGCAGUGUUUUUUCAUUUGGUGUGGAACUUGGCCCUAUGAAACUUCAAGGUCCCAGAAAAGUGUUAAGCUCUGGAGGCACUGUGCUUCAGCGAACUUAACGUUUUACGUUCUCUUCAAAUAACAUCAGUACCUGAAGGAGGGAAGACCUAAGUUGGGGUCUCCUGCAUUGAGGUUUACAAGCAAGGUUUAGCAAGGAAGGGUUCACUAUCUUGCUUGAGACUAAUGUCCAGAUUGUCCAGUGUGAGAGGACAGAGGUGCCCAAACCUUUUCUUUUCGGUCAGCCUGGAUGGGUGGUCCAGAGUCCCUUGGUGUCUUGAGUCUGUCCAUAGCUGUGAGUACUUGGAGGGCUGAGUUGGGAAGCAGCAGGUCCAGAUCAGCUUCUCUGAGCUUCUUCCUCGGGCCCUGGAAAGCUCUCUGAACUGUAUCCCUCAGCGCAGUUGUCCUCCAGAGCUGUCUGCCUGGUCACCGUGUGUCCCUAGGUUUGCAGAAGCCAGGCAGGUAGCUGGAAGUAUUGGCUUUCUUGAGACCUGCCCUUCCCCCUUAAGCACACAUGCAUAUGAACGCGCACAGGCACGCGCGCACACACUAGCACACGCACCUUUGAUCAGGAGGCAGUUGGCUGCACUUGUGCUGAGUCCAGGCCUUUGGUGGAGGUAAAAUCUGUUGAGAAGGCACUUUUCAGCUCCCAGCCGCCACACUCUGCACUUUCCUGUACGAUCUCAGGAAGUCACCGUUUUUUGAGCUCAGCAGUCUGUAUAAGGGAAGCUCCUGCCAGGACUGUCCCCUCACCUCGACUUAUGCUCCUAGUGUGAGUAUAGGGCCAACUUGUAAGAAAGACAGAUGCCCUUCAGACCUCUAGAUCUGAGUUCUACCUUUCUCUUUGAUUAAGCAGGACUGAUGCCUCUGAAAAUGCUCCUAAUCUAGUCCUGGUGAAGUACCUCUGGUUUGCUUGCUCUGUGUUUGCAUGUAGCCACACCUCCUGCUCAAGGCUAAGAGCAGUAGGGUAAAGCUGAUGAGAACAGCUUGGUUCCUUAGAUAAGAUGGACCAACUCCCCAUCCAGCACAUUUUUACCUGAAGUGCUCAUAGCCUUCAGCCUCCUUUCGAAACCUGCAGCAACCUCACCUCCCUCAUUUCCCUGCACCUAACCUGGAAAGGAGAGGAUGUACCCGUGGGACUGGUGGUUGUUAGGCUAAGUGGGGAUUCCCAGCCUAGGUACACAAAAAUGUCCUUGGCAAGGCUUUAGAAAGCUGAAAAUGAGAUUGAGCCCGGAGGGGCGGCUGACUGUAGGAGGGAGCUGUUUUGUUCCCUGGCCCUGUGGUCACUGACCCUAGGCAGAGAGCCAAAGACCAGCCAGUGACCCGAAGGGGCUGGCUCUUGCCUGCUUCCAGCUAACAGUGCUCUUCCUCUGCUAAUUGUGGGAGCCCUUGUGAAACACCCCGUGUCGGGUGGGGCAAGAGUACAGGAUGCUGCAACCAAGCCACAGGAUGGUUACCCCAUCUGUAAAGGAGAUGGACGGGGAGGACUGGAGGGGCCUGGGCUCUCCUCCCAGCUGGAUUGCCUGCUGCCUGGAAGGCUUGCCCCUCCUGCAGCCCAGACCUUCUAAUCUCUCUCUGCUCCCUUUGUCUUCUGCCUUCACACGGCUGCUGCUUCUUCCCUGGGAAAAAAAUCUCCCGACCUCCCACCUGGCUCUCUAGGGAAAGGGCCUUCUGAAGCAGCCAAGCUCAGGUCAGAGUGCCUGCUCACUGUGUCCCCCGGGUUAUGACGACCCCCAAUAAAGGAAACAAGGCCUUAAAGGUGAGUAGAGAGGCUGGGCUUGGGGUGCGUCGGGCUGGGCAUGCCUACUCUGCCGUGACCCUGUGUGCUGUGCCACUCCAGGUGAAGCGGGAGCCAGGUGAGAAUGGCACCAGCCUGACCGAUGAGGAGCUGGUAACCAUGUCGGUGCGAGAGUUGAACCAGCACCUGCGAGGCCUCUCCAAAGAAGAGAUCAUCCAGCUGAAGCAGCGGCGACGCACACUGAAGAACCGUGGCUACGCGGCCAGCUGCCGAGUCAAGCGGGUGACACAGAAGGAGGAGCUGGAGAAGCAGAAGGCGGAGCUCCAGCAGGAGGUGGAGAAGCUGGCCUCUGAAAAUGCCAGCAUGAAGCUGGAGCUCGAUGCCCUGCGCUCCAAGUAUGAGGCCCUGCAGAACUUUGCCAGGACCGUGGCCCGCAGCCCUGUGGCCCCGGCUCGGGGUCCCCUUGCUGCUGGCCUGGGGCCCCUGGUCCCUGGCAAGGUGGCUGCCACCAGCGUCAUCACAAUAGUAAAAUCCAAGACGGAUGCUCGGUCAUAGGGACACGUGCGGUUGCCAGGCAGGUCUUUGAGGGGCCACUAGAUGCGUGGCAAAGUUGGCAGCCCCGUCCCUCUUCCUUUCAUUUCCCUUCCUUUCUCCUCUCCCUUCCCUGUUUCUUUCCCUGCAAAGCACAACCUGCACCCAGGGGCACCGGGCUGAGCCCCUUGAUCAUCUUCGUCGUCACGCCUGUGUUUUGUACGUUGGGAUCGGUCAGUUCAACAGUGAUGUUGGGUUGCCCCUAACCCCUUUGUACCAAGGCUGUGCAGGCUAGGAGUCCAGAGUGGGCGCUGUGGGGUGGACGAGAGUGCACGUGGGCAAGUGUACUGGGCUUGGGGCUGCCCUUGUCUCCCUGGUGGUCUGCGUGGGACUUGAGCGCUUUCCUUUCAGGCAUCCAGUGGGCCUCUCAGCUUGAUCCGGAAGGAAGACAUGGGCUCUGCCCUGAGAAGUGAUUAUGUCUUGAAGCCCUGGGUGAAUAGGCCACCAGCCUGGGCACUGGGGCAGGAACCAUGGUGCUGGAGCCUGGCACAGUGCACCGGAUAAGACCGAAUCGCCGGUUAUGAGUGUGGGUGGAAGGUGUGUCUGUGUGUCCUGCGAUGGGUCCGGUGUCACUGUUUACAUGACCUGUUUGUGUGGUUAUAUAGCCCUUUAUUUAAAAGAGAAGUUCCUUUUACGGAGUUAUUAAAUUAUAUGUUUAAGAGCUAAAACGGAAAAAAAAAAAGCUGCAGAGUAUUUAUAAAAUUGUCUUAAAAAACAAAAACAAACAAAAAAAAAUUUGACCGUAUAAAUGGAAAAGGGAAGAAAGUAUAGUAGAAACUUUGCUAGUUUAAAAAAAAGAAUCCCUUUCUUGUAAACCUGGGGACAGCUCUGUGGCUGUUGGAGUUUAGUUUUUAUACACAGAGUUAUCAGACAUUACUUAUAAAACUUAGUUUAAAAAAAGAAAAAGAAAAAAAAAAAAAAAAAAAAAGCCAAGCUGCGAGCCCACCAGAGGCUGCCCUCUUUGAUAUCUCUUUUGCAAUUGUACCGAAAGUGACUUACUCCUUUGCCCUUCCUGCUUCCGUCUUGCCAGUGCUGUGGUGUUGUCCGUGCCUGGUGAGGUUUUGUGCAGCCGUCAAGUGCUGGUGCUUCUGGUGACCUUUGACCUGUGGCUGUCCCCGUGUCUUGUGUGUGUGUGCGUGUUUGUUUUUUUGGGUUUUGUUGUGGUUUUGCUUCUGCUGGCUUGCUGGACCCAGGCAGGACAUACUCCCCUGGGGCACCGGGGACUGCCUGCGGCUUACCUUCUGCUGCACUUCUCUGUUCCUCUGCCACGUGGUCCCUCUGAGCCUUGGCUUGGUGUUGUGGGUCUAGGGCUUGGGUUAAGGCAGGUGGCAGAGUAAGUGAAGUUGGGAGCUAUCGGCCCCCACGCUGCUUCCACAUCCACCACCUCUGGCCCUGGGUGGUGACAUUGCAGGGACCAAGGUGUCACUGUGGGUGCCCACAGGGCUGUGGCCUACCUGUCCUUGGCCGUCUUCCUUCUGCCCUGGGCUUAAUUCCUAUAGGCUUCGUUGGGGCCUCCGCCCCAGGGACCUCCCUUGUGGGUUGGGAGACCCGUCACUCACACGUUUCUGAAACCCCAUUCUGUGGGGUGGUGUUUCCCAGGCAGAUUGGUGGGGGGAGGGCGCCACCGGGGGCAACCAUUCUUUCCUGUGUCACUGUGAGAGCCUGGAGGCCUCCACCAUUGCCAGACAAGGGCUUUGGCCCCAGGGCCAGGUCUGUUCUUUCCCAGUGUCUGCAGCUCUUGACUCUGGGCCCUCAUUCAGCCUCCUUCAGGAUCUGCGUCUUCCAGGGAUCCGCUGUUCGACUUGGAGGUGCUUCUCUGCAGGUUCCAAGCCUGCCUCCUCACCCCACCUUUGCAGUGGAGGCUGCCCACCUUCCAGGCUUGGUUCAGGAAGCUCCUCAUAAGCGGAUACCCACCUGCAAGAGGCUACAUCCCUGUGUGGGUGGUCACAUGGCCUCCUGCUGACAUAGCUGGUGUCUUCUCUGUGGGCCCUGGGUCCCUGAAAAGCACAGAAAUGUGGUCUGGUGAAAGGAAAGACUGGCCUGACAGGCCUUUACCUCGUAGGCUGGAGGAUUUUCACUCAGUUUGACGCAGCGUGCAGGGCUCUGGGAGCAGGACCUCUGCCGCCCUGGUGUUUUGGUGGGCUGCUUUGGCUCAAGGUGCUCAGACACUCCCAGUGAUGCCUGAGUCGGAUAUGAGUGGGAAUCUGGACUGUUGAUUCUGAGUUACCAGGUGACCUCAUCCCCUCCCUUUUGUUCUGUGACUGGUAUCCAGAUGAGUUGCUGGUGCCGCCUGGCAGCGGAGCUGGCGUGGAUCAUGUCCAUGCCUGGAGGACGAGAGGCUUUCUGAGUGUUUGGGUACUGGCUGGGCUGCUGUGUAAAGCUGAGAAUGGCCCAGUGCUUAGGUCCAGCCUGCUGGGAGGAUGAGGAAGAGGAGGCUGCGGCUGGGUAUGUGUUAAACAGGAGUAGUAGGUCUUUGCUUCUGAACAGGAUAGAGCCAUGCUCAAGGCUUUCAGGUUGGCAGCAUCUGCUUCUUGAGUCUGGGGAACUUUCCCUGUUGAGCCAGCCCUGCAGCUCCACUGUCCCUUCCCCUUGAUAAUCCUGACAGUAAAUCCUGUGUCCAGUUGUGACUGUUGGCUGUUUCUCUGAUCAUUGUUAAUUCCGUUUUCCUACUGUGAGGGUGUUGUGUUCUACUUUCUGACACAGCGAAUGGAGAACAUGGGCUGAGGCCAGGUCUCCCAAACUUCUCCGCUAAGUAAACCAUAAUGUGUGACUUCCCUCCUACCUUGACUUUGCCUGACUCCUUCCUUGGACAUGGACACUCAGAUUUCAAAGAAAACUCACAGUUUCCUCUGUAGAGUAUGGUCCCAGAGAGUCCUCCCCUGCGUUGUGUGCAGCUGCUGGGUGUGGUGCCUGCCGUGCAGGGAGCCAGUGGCAACACUGUUAAGGGAUCACCACCAUCACCAGGCUUCCGGCAGGCUGGUCUCAGUCGUCUUUCAGGUCUGUGUGUGCUCUGUUAGCAGCAGCCUUGGUGAUCAGGGUCAGGGCUUGCAGCUUUGAUAAGCUACUUGGAGAUGGUGAGGCCACUUUCCUGCUACCUCCCCUUCUGGUGUGGCCACUUGGCCAAAGCUCCCAUCCGCAGCUGGGGUGUCUGAGCCACAGCCUGCUACACUGCUUCCGCUCUGGGAUCUUGAGUUACUUUUUAAGGCUGUGGUUUAGUGAAAGGAACCAACACAUUAACAAUCCCCCCCCCGACUCCCCCCUCCCCCCAGAAGCCACUGAGUAAUUCUUGGCAUGUUUUUUCAGUGCCAUUGGCCGCCUGGUUGGGGAGCAGUUGUGGAACAGAGAGCCAUGGGUUCACUGGAGCUUCUCACAGCUUGCCUGUUCCUGGCAUGUGUCCUGGGUGUGUGCUAUACCUGCUGGGCCAGCUUCACACAUAUGUACCCUGCCCCUGGAGCAACAGCAUUAAUAGCACGGGUGUCUCUGGAAAUGUGAGGUAGAGUGUUCUGGGAAGUUCCCUGAUAAGAUUUCCUUGUUCUCUAUGGCCCCAGUUGGGCUUUUGGCCUCUCCAGCAACUUUAUGCCCAAACCCCACCUUUCCUCCCAUUCUCUGUCUGCUAGUCUCUGAAGCCUUUAACCAAAUGGGAAUGGGUACAGAAAGCCUUCUCCUGGCAACUUAGGGCAACAGGACAAGGGCUAUUGUGUGUCCAGCUCUGUUGGUCUCCUGGUGCUGAGAGGUGUGUCCAAGCAGAGUUGAUCAGCCCCUGCCUGCCCUGCAGGGCUGAAGCCAGGGGGAGGUUAGUAGAGAGUACCCAAAAUGGGGUGAGGGUCCUUAAACAUCCAAGUGAGGAGAGGCUGUGGUGUGGCUGCAAGGUGAGACCCUGUCUCCUGCACCUGGGUAGGGCCAUCGGGGAUCUGGCUGCAAGGUGAGGCCUGGACUUCGCAUCAGUGGAGAGCGAUCAGUCACCUGGCCUCAGGAGGCAGCAGCCUUGGUGCCCACCCGUGCCCUGCGCAGUAUUUAUUGCUAAAUUAUUGUCCAGGAGGGGCGGCACUGGGCCUGGCCCCCCGGGUAUUUAUUGCUGUACAUAGUGUAUGUUUGUGAUAUAUAAGGUUUUCUUUAUUUUGUAUAUGAUCAAUAAACGCCUUUUAAAGAGA